GAGUCUCGCGACUAGAAUCGAUAACGCGAAAAAUAGUUGUGACCACUCUGCGCGCGUGCGACAGACUCCCUGUUUGUGCGCGAAUUCACACUAAGGCUUCCCCGUACUCGCCAGUUCACGAUUUCGACGAUUUAAAUGUGAGUUGUGCUUCCUGGUGCGAGCGCUGUUACAUUUACGUAAUUUCGAGUGAGAUGACUUGAGAAAAAGACUUGAUACGAUAUGGCGACCAGGUUUCGGAAAUUGGCGGUUGGUGGACUUGCUGGGACUGUAGGAGCCGGUUUAGCGUGUUACUUUCUUCUUAAAGAAAAUGGAAACGGAUGGCUUACAGUAAAAGCCGAACAAAAGAGUUCCAAGCUGAAGAGGGCCCUACCUUCAAGAAGUGACCAAAUCAAAUGCCUCCAAGCGGAACAAUAUGACAUUCUGAUUAUUGGUGGAGGCGCCACAGGUUCAGGUUGCGCCCUCGAUGCAGUGACAAGAGGAUUAAAAACUGCUCUAAUCGAGGCCGAUGAUUUUGCCAGUGGCACCUCUAGCAGAAGUACAAAACUCAUCCAUGGAGGGGUGAGGUAUUUACAGAAGGCUAUAAUGCAAUUGGAUUAUGACCAAUAUAAAAUGGUAAAGGAGGCCUUACACGAAAGGGCUGCCAUGCUGUGCCAAGCCCCACAUCUCGCUUACCCCUUACCCAUUAUGUUGCCUGUCUAUCAGUGGUGGCAAGUUCCAUAUUACUGGUUUGGUAUUAAAAUGUAUGAUGUAGUAGCUGGAUCCAAAACGGUGAAGUCUUCCUAUUUUCUCUCUAAGAAAAAUGCAUUGGAACUAUUUCCUAUGCUGAGAGGCGACAAGUUGUGCGGAGGAAUUGUCUAUUAUGAUGGCCAACAAGACGAUGCCAGAAUGAAUCUAGCAAUAGCGUUGACUGCCGCAAGCCAUGGUGCCACUGUAGUGAACCAUGUUUCUGCGACAAGUCUUAUAAAAGAGAAGAAAGAUGGUAAGGAAGUUAUUAGUGGUGUUAACGUGAAAGACGAGUUGACUGGAAAAACAUGGAGUGUCCCAGCAAAAUGCGUCAUAAACGCCACUGGACCUUUUACCGAUAGUAUUAGAAAAAUGGACAAUCCUUCCAUAAAGGAGAUCUGUUCACCCAGUAGUGGGGUUCAUAUUACCUUACCAGGUUAUUACAGUCCUGAACAAAUGGGUCUUCUUGAUCCAUCAACUAGUGAUGGUAGAGUAAUUUUCUUCCUUCCAUGGCAAAAGCAUACCAUAGCUGGUACGACUGACUUACCCUGUGAGCCAACACAUAAUCCCAAACCCACAGAGGACGAAAUUUUAUUCAUUCUUGAAGAAGUUAAGAAUUAUCUGAAUCCAGACGUAGAGGUAAGGAGAGGUGACGUACUAUCAGCUUGGAGUGGUAUUAGGCCUUUAGUAUCAGAUCCAAACAAGCCAGACACACAGUCACUUGCUAGAAACCACAUUGUUCACGUCAGUCCAUCCGGUUUAGUUACAAUUGCCGGAGGAAAGUGGACCACAUACAGAGCAAUGGCCGCAGAAACAAUUGAUACUGCUGUUGCAGCCUGUUGUCUUACACCCAAAUACAAUGAAAGUCAAACUGAUGGUUUAUUGUUAACUGGAGCACACGACUGGACCCCUACCAUGUACAUCCGACUCGUGCAAGAUUUCGGCUUGGAGUAUGAAGUCGCUCAACAUUUAGCUAAAUCGUACGGAGACAGAGCCUUCGCGGUAGCAAAAAUGGCUUCUUUGACAGGAAAACGUUGGCCCAUUAUUGGUAAGAAAAUCCAUCCAGAAUUCCCCUACAUCGACGCUGAAGUGAGAUACGGAGUUCGAGAGUACGCUAUGACGGCGAUUGAUAUGAUUGCCCGCAGGCUCAGACUUGCCUUCUUAAACGUGCAAGCAGCACAAGAAGCCCUUCCGGAGAUAGUUGAUAUUAUGGCCGAGGAGUUACAUUGGUCCGAGAAGGAAAAACAGGAUCAAAUAAAGGCAGCGACAGGGUUCCUUCAAACUGAGAUGGGCCAAAACGUCAAUCGUGCCAGUCGCGAUAAAAUACCUAUCAAUCUCAGUAAAGAAGAAAUACAACUGUAUAUUAAGAGGUUCCAAAUCAUUGAUAAGGACCGUAAAGGAUAUGUUUCCAUCAAUGACAUCAGGAGAAGUUUGAAGCAACACGGUGAAAAGGAGGUUCCUGGUGAGGAGCUCCAUGAAAUUCUUAAAGAAAUUGAUACGAACAUGAAUGGACAAGUCGAGCUCGAUGAAUAUUUACAGAUGAUGUCGGCCAUCAAAUCCGGACACGUUACAUAUUCGAGAUUUGCCAGAAUGGCUGAGCUCGAAGAAGCCAAACACGAAAAAGAAAUGUUGAAGAAGAAAAUAUCCGUUGAGCGCAGUGGAGGAGGUUUAUAAAUUUUUUUCAUUAAUUCUUAGCGUAUUUUUAAAUAAUCAUCUGCACAUAUAUCAUGUAAGGUCAUUUUAGAAAAUAAAAUUUUUAUAUGUCAAAAUGAAUACUCAGGAGUAUAACUUAUUAUGUUCCUUAUUUAUUAAUUAAAAUCAUUUUAAUGACAAUAGUAAUUGAAUUAUGUUUUCGUUUUAAAUAUAUUGUAU